AUGAGUCUACAUGCCAGGUUACGACAAGGUUACGACAAGGUUUUGAGCAACUGCGGCGCGACAUCCACGGUGAUUAGUCGGGCAUAUUUCGCAUGUAUUAUAUAUAUCUUGGUCUUAACCAGAGGGUCAGCGGAACUGACUCGUCAGUAUUGUGUGUCUGCGACCGCCGCGGAAAUUUCAAAUAUCAUAGUAGCUCGGACCCUGUCCGCUGGGAUACACUACGUCUCGCUUAGAAGCUCGAUGGAAGCUCGACGGCUCAAGAGCUCCGGGCUGCAGAUGAGCGUGCAUAAUCUAGCUCUUGGAGGUUCACAAAAGUUCCGCGAUAUUGCCACAUUCGCGGAACGGAAUGAACGAUGUUGUUCAGAAGUGUUGAGUAAAGGGGGCCCUUCUCCACACCAAAAGUUCAAGCUACCUGCGCUACGAUACGCUACUAUAGUCCUUAGGGGACGCAUUCCAAAAAAGCAACGGUCACGACGUCACAAAGCAUUGUGGAGCGCUAAUGCUAGCUGA